CAGGCCCUCCUCUGCUGGCCCUGCUGGCUGGCAGGAGGCUCAGCCAUCGCGGCCUGCUCCGCCAGUCGCUCUGUGACCUGGGACACAUUACUUCUCGGUGUCUGCCUCAGGCUUCCUGUCAGUUAAAUGGCGCCGGCAUCCCCUGCGGCCACACUGGGCCCUGGUGCCCGCUAAUGUCCAGUGGCCCGCUAAUGUCCAGUGAAGCGUGUUUCUGUCCCCUCCAGGCUCCCGUCGCCAUGGGGAUGGCUGUCCCGGGCCACCUCUGGGCACUACUCCUGCUCCCGCUCUUGGCGCUUGGGGUCCCCACCGAGGAGCCCAGCUCUGGGGAAGCGGUGGCCUCUGGUCCUCCUGGGCGCUGCCGACGGUGCUGUGACCCUGGUGAGCUCCCGGCCCCCGCCGCCGCCCUGCCGUACCUGCUGCCUGAGGUCAAGCCCUACAUUAACAUCACCAUCCUGAAGGGUGACAAAGGGGACCGAGGCCUGCUGGGCACACCCGGGAAGCCGGGCAGGGAGGGCCCGCGGGGGGAGCGGGGGCCGCAGGGCAGCAAGGGCACCAAGGGGCAGGCGGGCAGCCCCGGCAGCCCGUGCCAGACCCGGUUCUCGGCCUUCUCGGUGGGCCGCAAGACGGCCCUGCACAGCAGCGAGGGCUUCCAGCCGCUGCUCUUCGACACGGUCUUCGUGAACCCCGACGGCCACUUCGACCUGGCCACCGGCCGCUUCGUGGCCCCGCUGCGGGGGCUGUACUUCUUCAGCCUCAACGUGCACAGCUGGAACUUCAAGGAGACCUACGUGCACGUGGUGCACAACGAGCGGGCGGCCGUCAUCCUGUACGCCCAGCCCAGCGACCGCAGCAUCAUGCAGAGCCAGAGCGUGAUGCUGGCCCUGGCGCCCGGCGACCGCGUCUGGGUGCGGCUGUUCAAGCGCGAGCGGGAGAAUGCCAUCUACAGCGACGACGUGGACACCUACAUCACCUUCAGCGGCCACCUCGUCAAGCCCGAGGACGACUAGCGCCUCCGGGGGCCCCCUGGCCGGAGGGGCCCGGACCCCGCGUUCCGGGCAGCCCCCCUCUUCUUCCUGGCCCUCUGUCCCUGCCCCUCUCCUCUGGUGGCUGCGCUUUAGACCACCUGCCCUGCGUGUUCUAGAACCUUCCCCACCGGUGCUUCUCAGAUAGGAAAGUGCCCGCCAAUCACCUGGGGGCAGUAAAAUGCAGAGUGGUGGUGGGGGCCCCGGAGCCUGCGUUUCUGACCUGAGUUAGGCCAAAUGGGGGCCGCUGGCCUGUGGGCCCGCGUAGACAGCCAGACCUUGCGCGGCGUUCUGGGGCUUCCUGGGCUUUCUGGAAUCCUCCAAGUGUUCUAGAAUCCCGCCAGCAUCCUGCUGGCCAGUUGAGCCCUUUGGACUCGCCCUCCGCCCCCGACCGUCCUCUCCCUCCCUCCCUCACACCCGCUCUGCGCCCCACCCGUGCAGCGUGUGGGUUCACUCAGUCGUGAAGCACACGGAGGUGAGGGGACACAGGCCUGCCCGCGGGCCGCAGACCCAGAGACGGGCGGGAACCCCCCAAGCCUGUGCGCUGGUUCAGUGCUGUGGCCCCUCACUUGCCGCGGCCCCUCAAGGCUGGCGGGACGGAGUUACUGGGCCUGGGGGGGGGGGUCCCCUGCCCACUCCUCUCUGUCCUAACCGUGCCCAUCAGUAAAGCCAACCCAAGGGGCCUUGGGCAGGGUAAGGGUGCUGUGAGGGACCCAGAGGCAUUUGGGGGUAAAGCUGGUCCCCGGGGAGAGUGCCCAGCCCCGUAGCUCCCCACACAGCUGGCGGGGCCCAGUGAAGCUCUCUCACCUCCUCCCACCCCAUUCCUGGGACUGUCAGGGCCUUGCCCGUGGGCCUCAGCCCUCCGCCUCCCUGCGUGCUGGCCCUGGGCCCUCCGGCCCCCAGCCCCGGGGGCUCUCAGGCUUUGUUCAGGCUGAGGUGUGGUGGGCAGCAUCCCACAGAGCCUCCCCUGGUAGGUGCUUCUUUCACAAAUGCCGCGGGUGCUGGGCAGGGGCGGCCCAGGCUCGGUCCCUCAGCAGGUCUGGGGAGCUGGACAGGCCACAUUCCAGGCGGGUCGGGGUCCUCUGAGCCACCAGCCAAGGAAGGCACUGGGCGAGAGCAGUACUCAGGAAGGGGCAUCGGCCUGAGGGCCCCCUCCUGCCCCCGGGGUGGCACGGCCUGACUGCCCUGGUCUCCUCGCCCCCCACUCCAGGUGGCCCGACACUCCCGGGGAGCCGGCCGCCGUCACUGGUGCUUACGCAGACCCUGGGCCAGACAGGGCCCGGGGGGUGCUCUCUGGUGCUCCUGCAGCUCGGGGCGCGGCUGCAGGGCUGUGGGGCUGGGGCCUGAACAGAGCCAGCC